AUGUCUCAAGUCCCUCCUCCUCCUCCUAGUCGGUACACCGAGCUGCAUAAAUACGAAAACCUCGCCGGGCCAGGCGACGCCCGCCCAACGGCCCUCCAAAUCGUACAAGACCAAGACCUCGUCGGUAAACUCCCGCAUAAAGUCAUCCUUGUCACCGGCGUUUCCUCGGGCCUGGGCAUCGAGACGCUCAAAGCCCUCGCAGCAACCGGCGCAACCGUCUACGGCACGGCGCGAGACCUCUCCAAGGCGCGGGCCGCCUUAGACAACAACGAGGAGGGAGAAGGCGAGUCUCUCGCCUCGGCGCCAAAUGUGCAUCUCCUCGAAAUGGACCUCGCCAGCCUCGACAGCGUACGGGCCGCGGCGGCGGAGUUCAAGAGGCGCAGUGGCCGGUUGGAUAUCUUGAUUAACAAUGCCGGGGUGAUGUAUACCCCCGAAGGGAGCCGAACGAAGGACGGCUUCGAGAUGCAGUUUGGGGUGAACCACCUCGCGCACUUUCUCCUCUUCACGGAGCUACGAGACCUCAUGGCCUCGUCAUCGACGCCCGGGUCCGCGGCGCGGGUUGUGAAUGUCACGUCCUCGGGCCACAGGCUGCAGGGGAUGAACUGGUCCGACGUCAACUUUUCCCGGCCCGGCGCGUACGAGGGGUACAGAGCCUACGGGCAGUCCAAGACGGCCAACAUACUCAUGGCUAACGGCGUGGACCGGCGGUAUGGGGUCAGAGUAGGAGGCGGGGGGAUCCACGGGUAUAGCGUCCACCCGGGCACGGCGAUGACGGGGUUGCAGGUCGAGGUGAAGGAACAGAUGGAGGCGCUUAAGGGGGACAAAGCGGCGUGGAAGCCGGUGAAGAGUCCCGCGCAAGGGGCUGCUACGGCGGUGCUGGCUGCGUUGGGGAAGGAGUUUGAAGGGAGAGGACCGUUUUAUCUGGAGGACUGUGAGGUCAAGGGAGAGACAGGGGAGAAUCUGGGAUGGGCGGGCGAGGGGUAUGCUUCGUGGGCUUGGGAUAGGGGGGAAGAGGAGAGAUUGUGGGCUUUGAGCUUGGAGAUGGUUGGGUUGCCGGAGGAAGCAGGCGGCGACUGGUGA